AUGACGCAGAAUCUUAAUGAAAACUGGAUGAAGGAACUUGCCGCUGGCAGCACCUAUGCGUCCCCGUACAUCAGCGAUGUCCUGUACGACGAAAUAGUAGCGGUACCGGUCGUGGAAGCGAUCGAGUGUGUGCUUGCGGGCGACCUCCUUCGGAAGUGGAGGCGCGGGCAGCCGCUGACGACGAAAAAGCAAGGACGCGGUGCCAAACCGCAAACGCAGGAGGCCGCCGAAAACAACGCCAGCUACCUCGCAGUGCAGCCGUCUUCGCGCUCACACGAGCGCUACUUCUGGGUCUCGUGCGUAUGCGGAACCUUCUUCCUCCGAUGGGACUCGUGGCGGAAGCACCCCAAUGAGACCGUGUUCGCGCUGUGCGGGCUCGACACUAUCAGGCGCGGAGACGAGAUAUCGAGCUUCGACAACAAGACCAAGCCGGAUGCCAAGGAAAAGCUGGUGUUCGUCCUCUCCGGGGCAUUCUCGCUGCGGCUGGCGGCUGCGACCCCGAGACACGCGCUGCUAUGGAUCUCCGGGCUGUACCACAUCGCGCGCCACGCUCGCGAUGUGUAUGCGCGCGCCUGGAUAGCAAACUCCAACAAAAUCGCAACCUGGUUCGCCGCCCGCGAACCCGACGGCAUACCCACCUUCCAGUCCAAGACCAUCGAGCAGGAGCUAGCGAGGAAAGGAAAUUCGCUGGCAGAACUCGUUGCUGCAAAUAAACGCAGUCGCGGACAGGAAGGAAAAGAUAUGCCCAGCACGGUCGACGAGGUGGUGCAAAAGCUCACCGACCUUAACAUCGUGAAGCGCAGCGACGUGGUGGAGCCCGUGAUUGCCGUGGUCAAAGAUAUACUGGCAACCCGCGAGUCGUGGCUGCACAAACUCAUACACGGCCUCAUCAAGUCCGAUUACGACGACGUCGACAACCUCGUGAGGUUUGUGGCGGAUUGCGCCUACCACCUUGAGGCGAUGGACGCGGACAUCGAGUCGUCGAAGAAGGCGAUCUUUGUAUUAGACGACUAUAUGUCGCAAGAUGAGGUCAUUAAGUUGAUGUUCGAUGUCGUAAAGCACUACUCCAUCGUGGCCAACGUCUUGGGGCCGGAAGAUUAUCCCGACCAACGGAGGCCGUCUCGGGUGGCGCGCAGCCUCAGCAAUAACACGCCACAGCAAAAUCACGGGAAAUCGCUGAAUGGUAGUCAAGCUAAGAAAGAUAACAAUGCGGAAAACGGAGAUAAUGUUUGUAUUGGUGAAGGUAGUGGCCCGUUGGCCAAGGAAAAGAAGAAAAGCAACUUCUUGAAAGGUUGGCAACGGUUCAGGAGAGCGCGUGACGUGGAUGGGCUAUUGGACGCGGAUUCGUCGGCGGCUGUGUGGGCGUCUUCGGGCGCUCCCAAGCGGGGCAACUGGAUGGAAAAUGAAGUCGACCCUCUGAGGCCCAUAGAGAACGAUCAAUACCAAAGGUUCUUGCAGAAUGUACAGGGGGCCAACGGGGCGGAAACUACGGAAAACCUCUUAGGUAUAGUAGAAAAGGAUGCCAAACCGCCAUUCACGGCGGCAAAAUUCGUGGAAACGAAGUACAGCCAGGGGUGCUGCAUGAGGGCAGCACCCGGACAGUCCAUACCGGUCAAAAUGCUCACAAUCAUGGGGUUCCACUGGUCGCUUUCCCAGAAGUUUAACACCGCGGCAAUGCCGCAGGACGCGGAGGAAAUAGCGCACAUGCUGCAGUACCCGCUGACCUCGUUCUGGAUCGCAAGUUCCCACAACACGUACCUUGCAGGGAGCCAGGUGGGCGGGGCGGCCACCGCCGGGGCGCUCGCGGAUGCGCUGAUUAGGGGAUGCCGUUGCAUCGAACUCGACUGCCAAGAUGGCGCUAACGGCGAGCCCAUGCUCUGCCACUCCUGGAAAAAUUGCCAGCUCACCGGCUCGAUCACGCUCAGGGAGGCGCUACUCGCCUGUAAAGAGACUGCAUUCAGCACAUCCAAGCUGCCUGUCAUACUCUCAAUGCAGAUGACGGGCAGCGAAGAAUGCAAGGCCAAGACUGCCCAACUCUGCAAGGAGAUACUGGGUGACAACCUAUACGUGCCACACCCCAAUGACCCAGUGGAUCACGUCGCGUCGGUGCCCAUCGGUUGCCUGCUCUCGAAGUUCAUCAUCAAGGGGAAGAUGCACACGGACCCCGCGGUGAAGAAUGCGAAGUUGGACGGCGAAUGGAUGUCGGUGGUGGCCCUCCACGGAUUCAGGAUUUCCGAGGUCACGCCGGACAACAUCUCACACGCCAAGCGUAACGACAUGUACAGUAUGAACGAGGGGAAAUUCGCCAAAAUAUCUGCGGACUCGGAGUUCGUGAUAAAGCUGGCGGAUAUAUCGAUGCUGAGGGUAUUCCCGUCGGGCACCAGGCUAUCCAGCACCAACUUCUGCCCGCUGAAUGCCUGGGCGGCGGGCGUGCACUGCGUGGCCAUGAACUACCAGUCGUGCGACAGGUCCAUGCUGAUCAACUACGGGAAGUUCAACCAGAGUUUCGGGUAUGUGCUGAAACCGCCGGAGCUGCGGCCCGUCACCUUCCGCCAGGACGAGUGUACGGACUACUUCUGCCACAAGCCGAUAAGGCUCAAGAUACACGUUCUGUCCGCGUCACAGCUUUCACCGCCAAACGAAGGACUCGAGCAAACCAACUUUGCCAACGCAUUGGGGAAUGUGUUGUACUCCAUACAGCAAGGCGGAGUGGAGGUCGACAUGGACAAGGUAGCGGCGGAGAUCGGCAAGCCCCGAAAGAAUAAGCGAAAUGUGAGACGGGAACGGCGCGAAUACUGGUCCCCAGCGGAGGAUAGCCUCAAGAGCGAUGGCGCGGAUAGCAGCGAUACUAACAAUUUGAUCCAGAGGUCGUCAAGCAUCGUUGCCUCGCGGGCUGAUCCAUGCUGUCCGUUUGUAGAGGUUGCGGUGGUGGGUGAAAAUGAGCGCGUGCAGCGAACUGACAUUGUAAGCUACAACGGGUUCAAUCCGGUAUGGGCGGACACCUCGCCGCCAUUCGAGUUCGUUGUGAAGCGACCCAACCUCUCCAUCCUGCUCCUCACAGUCAAGCACUACGACAACAUGGGUGCGCAGCUCAUUGCGCAGUCUGCGCUGCCCAUCAACCGCAUCCGACCGGGGAUCAGGUGGGUGCAGCUGCUCGACCAGCGUUUCAUUGAAAUCGACUGCUGCGGCCUCUUGCUGCACAUCGAUAUUGAGUAUAUCGACUGA